CCCCUGCUGCCCCUCCUCAUUCGCCAGCAUGACGCUCUCUCCGCUCUCACACAUUCUUUCCCUCCUCUCUCGAACUUUGGAACGUUCAUGAAACAAACUUUUCAACAGUAUUGAUGAACUUUCUGGAAUCGUCUGAUGUGACGGGAAGUAAUGUCGUUUGUGAGAACGGGAACAAGGAUUUGUGAGCGCCGCUUCUGACAGCUGAGCUCCUACAGCUAUGCCACAGUCCCCCCUCUCAUGAGACCAUGAGAACCCACACCCGUGGUGCCCCUACAGUCUUCUUCAUAAGUCUGCUCUGGCCGCUGCUUGCUCCGGUGGUGGCUGCAGCAGCACCAGAAGUGGACCCCAGCGGCGGAAUUCCCUUCAUGGGAGGCAACUAUGAUGGUCAUCCAAUGCUGUACUUUAGUCAAGGGGAUGUAGAGGAGAUGCAGUACACAGCUGCAGGGACUCAUCGGGACAUGGCAAGGAGGAUUCGCGAGGCUGGCGAAACCAUGCUGGAGCACCCCGAGGAGUACCUGCCCCCAUGGAGCCCCGCAGAGUUCAGUGCCCGCUGGAAUGAGGUGUACGGGAACAACCUGGGUGUGCUGUCCAUGUUCUGCCUGCUGUACCCACACAGGGCUGGAGCCCUCGACCUGGCCAGGGACUACAUGGAAAGGAUGGCGGCUCAGCCUAGUUGGUUGGUCAGAGAUGCCCCCUGGGAUGAAGUUCCUUUGGCGCACUCUUUGGUCGGGUUUGCCACCGCUUACGACUUCCUGUAUGAGUACUUGAACAAGAGCCAGCAGGAGCGUUUCCUGCAGGUGAUAGGCAACGCCUCACGCUUGAUGUACGAGAAGUCCUAUGUCCGAGGCUGGGGGUUCCAAUACCUGCACAACCACCAGCCCACCAAUUGUGUGGCUCUGCUCACAGGAAGCCUGAUCUACAUGACCCAAGGUUACCUCCAGGAGGCCUACUUGUGGACAAAGCAGGUCCUGUCCAUCAUGGAGAAGUCCAUGGUCCUUUUGCAGGAUGUGACGGAUGGCUCCCUGUAUGAAGGAGUAGCUUAUGGGACUUACACCACCCGCUCUCUCUUCCAGUACAUGUUCCUAGUGCAACGCCACUUCGCCAUUAGCCAUUUUGACCACCCCUGGCUCCUUAAACACUUUGCCUUCCUCUACAGGACUAUCCUGCCCGGAUUUCAGCGGACGGUUGCCAUUGCAGAUUCCAACUACAACUGGUUCUAUGGGCCAGAAAGCCAGCUGGUUUUCUUGGAUCGCUAUGUGUUGCGUAAUGGCAGUGGAAACUGGCUUGCAGAUCUUAUUCAUCAAAAUAGGGUGAUGGAAGGGCCAGGGCAGGCUGCGAAAGGCCAGCGAUGGUGUACUCUCCACACAGAGUUCAUUUGGUAUGAUCCAGGUCUGUCUCCUAAGCCUCCGUCAGAUUUUGGAACAUCCCAGCUCCACUACUUUGAAGACUGGGGUGUGGUAACGUACGGCAGUGCUUUACCUGCAGACACCAAUUGCUCCUUUCUCUCCUUCAAGUCAGGAAAGCUAGGAGGGCGCGCCAUCUUUGACAUUGUUCACAGGAACAAGUACAAAGAGUGGAUCAAAGGGUGGAGAAACUUUAAUGCAGGGCACGAGCACCCUGAUCAGAACACUUUUACUUUUGCACCUAAUGGGGUCCCAUUUAUAACUGAGGCACUGUAUGGACCCAAGUACACUUUGCUGAACAAUGCAGUGUUGUUUGGCUCUGCCAUGUCAGGGAGUUGCUUUAAGCCAUGGGCCGGACAAGUUACGGAAGCCUGCGAUUCCAAGUGGCUGAAGUACAAGGUGGGACUAGCGGCUGACACCCAGGGCAGAGUAGAAGCUGCCAUGGAAAGACAUGGAAUGGUCUUCAUCCGUGGGGACGGACAUUCCGCUUAUAAUCCAGAGCUGAAGAUCAGGAGCUUCCAGAGAAACUUACUCCUGCUUCAUCCCCAGCUCCUGCUCCUCGUGGACCACAUCCACCUGGAUCCAGACAGCCCAACUAGGGCAAUGAGCGCCUUCUUUCACAACACUGACCUUCCAUUCCAGGGCACAAAGGUAGAUGGGGUUCAUGGAGCUUUUGUAUCACACGGUGAGGAUAAAUAUAAAAUGUUCUGGAUGGAUGACACAGGCUACAGUAACAAAGGAGUUUUAGGUUACUGGACUUAUCCUCGAGGGUACCCGUAUAAUGGCUCUAACUAUGUGAAUGUCACAAUGCCGUUGAGGUAUCCUCACACGAGGGUAGCUUACAUUUUUUUCGGACCAGGUGUGGAUGUUCAUAGCUUCAGCUUGCGUGGUGAUGACCAGAGAGUGGAUAUUUACCUGGCCACCAAGGAUCACACCUACACCAUUUACCUGCUGACUGGAGAGGUCACCAGCAAGCCUCUGUUUGCCAUGGUCUUACUGGAUCACAAGAAGAUUGUAUUCGAGAAGGCGGCGGCUGUGGUGGACAGCUCACCUGAAGAAGUAGAGGAAUAUGUCAACGUAAUCGAGGACAACCUCCAGCAUGUCAAGCCCGUUUUCCAGCAGAUGGAGAGACACAUCCUCAGCCGAGUUCUCAAUACUGCCAGCUUCCGUAAGACUGCAGAGCGACUCCUCCAGUUCUCCGACAAAAAGAAAUCGGAGGAGGUCAUCGAGAAGAUGUUUGCCAUGUCUAAACAGCAGAUCAAGGGUAAAGGCGGGAAAAAAGUAAAUCUAGGAGAGAAGCUUUCUGAGAGUCUGCCCGAUAUUUUUGCACAGAUUGAGGUGAAUGAGAAGAAGGAGAGACAGAGGACUUCAAAGCAUGCAUAUGAGGACGGUCCAGGGGAGGGAGAUGCAGAGUCGCGGGCAUUUAUGGAUUAUACAGAUGGCCACAAAAACAGGAAGGGGGCUUUUAUCGAGGGCCGUAAAUUCAAGGAGGUUCACAUGGUGGCCACAGCAGGGAGCGAGGGUCUCUCUAGCACAACCUCUUAUAUAAGACUCUUUCUCCUCCUGAAUACUGCCACCUUCUUUUUGCUGCUGGCUGUGUUACUGACUCGUUUUCAGAGGGGUCGAAGGUUGCGCACACAGAGAUGCUUCUAUAGCAUCCUUCUCACUGACUGCUUCAUCCUACUGUACCUCUACUUCUCCUGCUCUCACUCACAUCAGUCUGAGCCAGAUCUAGAAAAAAGAAAAGAAAGAGCCUGGGAUUUUGAAAAUGUUGUGAUUUUACAAGUUGUGAUAUUUUGAGAAUGAAGUUGUAAAUUCACAGGAAAAAAGUUUAAAUGUUAUGAAUUAAACUAAAAAAAAAAAAUUCCAGAAUGCCAUAAUGUAACAAGAUGCAUAUUUAAACUUGCAAUAGUAGGACCUUUUUUUAUAUAAUUGUGGCUCUAACAAUCAUGAGAUCAACCUAAUGGUUAUUCAGGAAAAAAAAAGGAAAAAAACAACUGAUUCUAAAAGGAAACUGAUGAAUUGCCAAGAUGAUUACAGACCUCCUCUGAUACAAAAAGUUUCUGUUGGGCUUUAGAACCAAGUCUGUGUGAAGUUUGUCCUUUGUGGUGUUCAGAGGUCUCCACUUGUAUCAAAGAUCUCAGGUUUAGCCACUAUAAUGCAGUUGCCUCAUCUGUACUUAAGAUUUGUCCUGUCUACAUAGUUCAUAGAAAUACAUUUAAAUGUAUAUAUGUGAAAGCAAGAUAUAUUUUUGUGGUCACUUUUUUUUUUUUUACCAUUUGUAAAUAAAACUGUUACAUGCA